UUUCCAGUGCAUUUCUUCAAGCGAAAAACUUUUUGAAAACAAGAGGACGUUUUCAUUUUUUUCCGUGUUUACGACGGUAUACAGUAAAGUCAGUGAUGGUGUGUAUAACUAGCGCUAUCCAGGCCCCUCUCCAGUCUUUACUCCGUCCGGCCAUGUGGAUACCUGGGUGUAACAAAUUACACUCCCAUACGGAAAUCUGGAGGUCGGACGCUGUUGGAGCAGAUGCAUUGCUUGAAGACAUCAUCAACACCGUGCCGGAUCUGACGACAAAAAGCGACCGUACAAGGUCGACUUACGUGAUCAACAAGGUGGAGGAGGAGAGAGGUUUUGUCAGAAUAUUUGCUUUUACCUGGGCAAACUGGCUAGACGUGAUGGAAUUUACUCUGAAAGGCAAUAAAGUACAGGCACGUUCCUUUUCCAGCGGAUUUUUACCAUUGUCUAUUCCACUUGCUGUCAUUUUGAAUUGUGUUUUGUUUUGGAUACCGUUUUACGACAAUAAGUUCAAUAGGACCCGAUUGGACACAUUGCGGGAGGCUAUGUCAGCGGACGUCAUAGCACAGGAUGUGUGAGAGAGACAGACGGCUUGUUAUUAAAACAAAAAGACAUAUUGUAGGAUAAAACAAGAAGAUUCUACCUUCAUAUCUACUCUGUCUGGACGAAUAAGACAC